GGCUGCAGACCGGUCGGUAUAGAUACACAACCCCCCCCCCCCCCCCAACAAACCACCCCCACACAACAAACCCAAACCAACCAUCAUAUAAUCAAACACUAAACCCCUCCUUAUCCCCUCCAUUUGUUCCCAAUCCCAACCAUGUUCUCUGCUUCCACUAAGCUACUCAAUCUCUCUUUCACUAAAACCCCUAAUCCCCAAUUCCCAUUUUCACCCAAAAUUCAACAUAAUAAACCUUUAAUUCGAUGCGCUAGAACAAGGUCCAAAAGAACAGGAAAGUCCAGAUACCCAUCUGAGAAAAGGAAGCUCAAAUCAAUCCAACAAACACAAACCCAAUUCGACAAAUUUAAAGGGUUUUGGAGGCUUUUUAAACUUGGUGUUUCUGUUGAUAGAGACCCUGGUAAAGAUUUUCUUCAUGUUUCUGAUGCUUUGCUUGAAGAAGUUGCUAAAGUUCUUGAAUUUCCGGUUGCUUCAAUGUUACCUGCAGAAGCUUUUACAGUUCUAAGGAAGUCAUUUGAUGCUAGAAAGAGUCAAAAGGAACCAAAAUUUGUGUACACAGUGGAGAUGGAUGUCGAUAAGCUCCUGAACAUGGAACCGAGAACGUGGGACUUCAUAUCACGUUUGGAACCGAAAAUCGGGUUCAUAGAGCAUACUCCUCAUGAAAGAGUUGUUGGUGAUUUGGUCAACAUAAUACACGAUAACAAGAAAAUUAACCACGAUGAAGUACCGGGAGAAAACGGUCAUUGUAGUUCGUCAAGUUCUUAUAAACUUCCCCUUACUAAAAAGCCGAAAGUUGCAGUUGUGGGCAGCGGUCCAGCGGGUUUGUUUGCGUCUCUUGUACUUGCAGAGUUUGGCGUUGAUGUUACGUUGAUAGAAAGAGGGCAACCCGUAGAGAAACGUGGACGUGAUAUUGGUGCUUUGGUGGUCAGAAAGAUGCUGCAAGCGGAAAGCAACUUUUGUUUUGGCGAGGGUGGUGCAGGUACUUGGAGUGAUGGAAAGUUGGUAACUAGAAUCGGGAGGAACAGCGGAAGCGUUUUGUCGGUUAUGAAAACCUUAGUUCGGUUCGGAGCUCCAGAAAGCAUCUUAAUUGACGGGAAACCCCAUUUAGGAACCGAUAGACUAGUACCACUUCUUCGCAAUUUUCGACAACAUCUACAAGAUUUGGGGGUUAACAUUCGGUUUGGAACACGGGUCGAUGAUCUGAUUGUAGAAAACGGUCAUGUUGUUGGUGUUAAUGUAUCUGAUUCAAGUGGAAGCUCACAGUUUAGUAGCGAGAAACUCGGAUUUGAUGCAGUUGUUCUUGCAGUUGGGCAUUCUGCACGCGAUGUAUAUCAAAUGCUUCUUUCUCAUAAUAUGGAGUUAGUUCCGAAAGAUUUUGCUUAUUCUAAAUUGGCGAAUGAGGUUCGAAAUGGGCGAGGGAAAGUACCGGUUGCAGAUUACAAGGUUGUUGAAUAUGUUAAAGGGGACGACAAUAAUGUACCAUUUACGUCACAUAGGAGUUGUUAUUCUUUCUGCAUGUGUCCCGGUGGGCAGGUUGUUGUGACGAGCAUAAACCCAUCAGAACUUUGUAUAAACGGCAUGUCAUUUUCUCGAAGAUCAUCAAAAUGGGCUAACGCUGCACUUGCGGUCACUGUUUCACGAAAGGAUUUCAAUGCGCUUAAUUUUCAUGGACCUCUUGCAGGUGUUGAGUUUCAGAGGGAAUUCGAACAACGAGCAGCUACUAUGGGAGGUGGAAAUUUCGUUGUGCCUGUGCAAACCGUCAAAGAUUUCAUGCAUAAUAAACUGUCUGCAACUACUAUACCAUCAUCAAGCUAUCGAUUAGGAGUGAAGGCGGCAAAUCUCCAUGAGUUAUUUCCCGUUCAUAUAACAGAGGCGUUGCAGCAUUCAAUCUCAACGUUUGACCAAGAGUUACCAGGAUUUAUCUCCGAUAACGCCCUUCUGCAUGGAGUCGAGACAAGAACUAGUUCUCCGGUCCAGAUUCCAAGAAAUCCCGACACAUAUGAGAGCACGUCAUUAGGGGGUUUGUAUCCAGUGGGUGAAGGUGCAGGGUAUGCGGGUGGGAUCGUAAGUGCGGCUGUUGAUGGCAUGUAUGCUGGUUUUGCUUUGGCAAAAAGACUUGAUCUUUACGAAGAUGACGUCGAAUCCAUUUUUGGAAGGACUCAAAUUUCUGGAGUUGUAAAAUACUAAAUAUAGAUUAGCAUUUUUUUGAUACAACCCGCAAAUCGUUGAUCUCGAAAACAUAUUUUUAUGUAAUAUGAGGUAGUUGUAGCCAUUGUCUUCAAAGGAACUACGAGAUGCAUAGUUAAUAGUACAAUCCUUCAAAACUAAGAAUCAAUAUAUGAUAUAGCUACUAUGAAAAAUUAGUUACAU